GGAGGGACGGAUUCAGGGCUGGAUGGAGGGAGGGAUGGGUACAAGGCUGGCUGCAGGGAUAGAUUCAGGGCUGGAUGGAUUCAAGGCUGGACGGAGGGAGGGAUGGAUGGAUGGAUUCAGGGCUGGAGGGAGGGAUGGAUACAGGGCUGGACGGAGGGAGGGAUGGAUUCAGGGCUGAAUGGAUGAAGGGAUGGAUACAGGGCUGGACGGAGGGAAGUAUGGAUUCAGGGCUGGCUGGAGGGAGGGAUGGAGGGAUGGAUACAGGGCUGGAGGGCUGGAUACAGAGCUGACUGGAGGGAUGGAUUCAAGGAUGGACGGAGGGAGGGAUGGAUUCAGGGCUGGACGGAGGGAUGGAUUCAGGGCUGGAUGGAUGGAGGGAUAGAGGGAUGGACACAGGGCUGGACGGAGGGAUGGAUUCAGGGCUGGACAGAUGGAUGGAGGGAGGGAUGGAUUCAGGGCUGGAGGGAGGGCGGGAUGGAGGGAUGGAUACAGGGCUGGAAGGAGGGAGGGAUGGAUUCAGGGCUAGCUGGCUGGCUGGAUGGAUUGAGGGCUGAACAGAGGGAGGGAGGGAUUCAGGGAUGGAUGGAUGGAAGGAUGGAUUCUGGGCUGGACAGAGGGAGGGAUGGAUUCAGGGCUGGAUGGAUGGAGGGAUGGAUACAGGGCUGGAUGGAGGGAGGGAUGGAUUCAGGGCUGGACAGAGGGAUGGAUGGAUUCAGGGCUGGAUGGAUGAAGGGAGGGAGGGAUGGAUUCAGGGCUGGAGGGAGGGUGGGAUGGAGGGAUGGAUUCAGGGCUGGACAGAGGGAGGGAUGGAUUCAGGGCUGGACGGAGGGAUGGAUGGAUUCAGGGCUGGCUGGCUGGCUGGAUUCAGGGCUGGACGGAGGGAUGGAUGGAUUCAGGGCUGGCUGGCUGGCUGGCUGGAUUCAGGGCUGGACAGCGGGAGGGAUGGAUUCAGGGUUGGCUGGCUGGCUGGAUUCAAGGCUGGACGGAGGGAUGGAUGGAUUCAGGGCUGGCUGGCUGGCUGGAUUCAAGGCUGGACGGAGGGAUGGAUGGAUUCAGGGCUGGCUGGCUGGCUGGAUUCAGGGCUGGACAGAGGGAUGGAUGGAUUCAGGGCUGGACAGCGGGAGGGAUGGAUUCAGGGCUGGACAGAGGGAUGGAUGGAUUCAGGGCUGGCUGGCUGGCUGGAUUCAGGGCUGGCUGGCUGGAGGGAUGGGUUCAGGGCUGGACGGAUGGAGGGAGGGAGGGAUGGAUUCAGGGCUGGAGGGAGGGCAGGAUGGAGGGAUGGAUUGAUGGAUUCAGGGCUGGACGGAGGGAUGGAUGGAUUCAGGGCUGGCUGGCUGGCUGGAAUCAGGGCUGGACAGAGGAAUGGA